AUGUCAAAUGCUGGCAGGAGAAACAGAAGAAAUAUAUGUAGCUUGGACUCAUCAACUACAAUGGGAAGCAGAAAGUCAAAGAAGAAGCAGGUUAAGGUCACUUCAUUGAAGCCGUUCAAACUUAGAACUGAGCAAAGAGGUAAGGUGAAAGAGGAAGAGUUUACAAAGAAGCUCCAAGAGAUAACGAUGGUAGAAGAAAAGAUGAGGAUACCCAUUGCUCAAGGUCUUCCAUGGACAACUGAUGAACCUGAGGGCGAACAAACCUCCAACUGCGCCACAAGAUCCCAAGUUCCACAUACCGCAACACAAGAAAAUCAGAUGCUGCAGCUCAUCUUGUAG